UGGGUGGGCAGUUCUUGGUAUAGUCCUCCUAAUUCCCCGAAAACCCCCUCCCUCCUCCUCUUCCUCCUCCUCCUCCUCCUCCUCCUCCUCCUCCUCCUCCUCCUUUAUCCUCGUCUUCUCCCCUCUUUUAUCCGGGUGUUCAUGGUCCCCACAUUCCCACAGCGACUCCGAGCCGUGGAGCAUCACAUGCGACCAUGAGUCUCCUGCCGUGCAGUUUGGUCUUCGUCCUCCUCCUCUGCCUCCCCGUCCUCGCUGAGGCCAAGCGGCAGCCUGGCGAGGGGAAACCCGACAAACCCCGCCAGCCUCCACCGUCGACGCCGCCGGCCAAGAGGCCCAGGAACCGCUCAGUGCCCGGCUCUGGAGAGCUGAGCACCAAGGAGGGACAUCGCUGCACCUGGCAGACGUCUGGCGAAGGCCUGGUGAGCCUGCUGGUCAACUGCAGCACCGAAACACUGGGAGAGCCGCAGAGGUAUUGGUGUCGUUACGCCGGUAAACCCGACCUGUGCCCGGCCUACGGGGUGAAGUCCAGCCAGUACUGGAAGCAGCAGGUGGGGAAGCUGAAGAAGAGGCAGAACGCCUGCGAAGGAGAGAAAGUCCUGAAGGCUAAAACCUGCAAGAAGGCUCCGGCCGAGGCCCACAUGAAGCUCGCGCAACGCAGCGGAGAGGAGGAGAGGAAGGGUGCGAGGGAAGGAGGCAAGAAGAGAGGACCAGCAGCCAGUAAGGGCUCAGACGCAGGGAAGGCCGAGAGGAGUAAGAAGAAGGAGGAAGAGGACGAGGAGGAGAAGAAGAAGAGGGAGGAGAGGACUGGGUUUGAUGACGAAGAAGGAGUGUUGAACGACAUGGCGCCGGCACAGAGUUACUGCAGCGAGGGAUGGCACUCCGUCUGCUCCUUCUUUGUCAAGUUCUUUGAGGGUUGAUUUGGAAAUUACGAAGGAAACGCAGAGCUCGUUUUUUGAUACAUGAUGGUACGAGUUCACAAUCUGAAUUU